AUGAAGUUCAUCCUACCUUUCACUCUCCUGAGCGGGAUCGCUAUAGCAUUCAAUAGCCAAGCCUGCAUCAAACAUCCUUCAAUUGCACAAGCCCUUCGCGGGAUCUGCGGCAUGGAAAACCUCGUAGUUCCCUCGAAUGCCGCCAUGAAAGGAGCAACUUCCAGCGACGAUGAUGCAUUUCUACAGAUAGUCGGUAAGCAAGAACAAAAAACGCAGCAUGAAAACGAAGAAUGA